UCAGGAAGUAGGAAGUAAAUACAGAGAAGUUGAAGCGAGUUGAAGUGCCACAGGAAUCAAAUCUGGUACCAUGCUGGAAGGCUACAGCCCUGUGACCCAAGCCCUGCUGGGGACUCUGUUCACAUGGGGUCUGACCGCUGCUGGAGCUGCCCUGGUGUUUGUCUUUUCCAGCCGACAGAAGCGUAUCUUGGAUGGAAGCUUAGGCUUUGCAGCUGGGGUGAUGUUGGCUGCUUCAUAUUGGUCGCUGCUGGCUCCGGCGAUCGACAUGGCGGAGGAUUCAGGGAAGUACGGCUCAUUUGCUUUCAUGCCCGUGGCUGUGGGAUUCACACUCGGGGCGGCCUUUGUUUACUUCGCUGACCUGGCCAUGCCCCUGCUGGGCGUAGGGACUGACCCCCACACUACCUUGGCUUUGCCCCUUGACUCCAAACUGGCCAAAGAAAAAGAGGAGGAGCCUUCGUUUCAACAGCUGGAGUCAGACGAGAUGACCAUCAGGAUAGGUAGAGCUGGACCUUUCUCAGAUAAAACAGAGAAUGGAGAUGUCUACCAGAGGAGAAGAGGACCUUAUUCUGGCAGCUCAGUUGGACAAGAAACAGGAAGUAAACAACAUGAAGAGGUUGGGCAAACAGGUAGCAGCUGGCGACGAAUUCUACUCCUCAUCCUCGCCAUCACCAUCCACAACGUCCCAGAGGGCUUGGCUGUAGGGGUUGGUUUUGGAGCCAUAGGAAAGACUUCAUCUGCUACCUUUGAGAGUGCCAGGAAUUUGGCCAUCGGUAUUGGCAUCCAGAAUUUCCCCGAAGGCUUGGCAGUGAGCCUUCCGCUCCGAGGUUCAGGGGUCUCAACGUGGACUGCCUUUUGGUAUGGUCAGCUGAGCGGGAUGGUAGAACCCAUUGCCGGGUUGCUUGGUGCCAUCGCUGUUGUUUUAGCAGAACCUUUGUUGCCAUAUGCACUGGCAUUUGCUGCUGGGGCGAUGGUCUACGUGGUGGUGGAUGAUAUCAUACCUGAGGCUCAAGUCAGUGGAAAUGGGAAGCUAGCAUCCUGGACAUCCAUCCUGGGCUUCGUAGUGAUGAUGUCACUAGACGUGGGGCUGGGCUGAUGUCACCAUAAUGACCAGGAAAGACCCUCAGUGGCCAUGAUGUCAUCACAGUGAUGCAGACCUCAGUUUUAAACAGGGGACCAAAUGAAGUGUUUCUUCAGAAACAUUGUUUAUCCAUUUAGUUUGAAUUGUUUCUACUUGAAGUUCACAAGUGAUUUCACAACCAUAGAACUGUUUUAUAAAUCAAGCUGUAAGGAUGAUUGUACUUGAACAUUUAUCUUUAAUGUGUAAUUUACAUGCUAGCGGUCAUCUCCUAAGAGCUGACAUGUUUGUCAUGGUUUUCAAAUGUCCAAUAUCUGACUUAGGAAUGAACUUAUAGACAUGUCAUGAAUAUUCUUCUGAUUCCACAGCUGGUGAAUGUUUUUUUUUUUGCAACUUUUUGAGUUCCUCCUCAAUAACUUUAUUUUAAACACACAAAAUUUCUGUUAUGAAGUUAAUUUAAUGUUUUACUUUUCUUUUCCCAGUUUAACCAUAAUGACAACACUUGGAUCACUUGGCAUUUUCAUUGUUUGACUGACAGCAGCAUAAUGAAUCAAAUGAAAAAUGGGUUGGAAAACUUUCAUUAUGUUAUGAGAAGAGUAGACGUUUAAUUGUCAUUUAGCUUCAGAAUUAUAUUUUUAAACAAAAAUACAAAUUAUUCAGUAUUUUAAUUUUUCAUCUGUGUGUUUUGUGCUUGUAUUUACUACUGUUCUAAUGCUGCCCAUUGGAAUCUACAGCAACUGAGUCACACAACCACAUUAGGCCUUCCUAUUAUGUAGCGCAUUAGUACCAUGCAAUAAUUUGUUGUAAGGGGUAAUCAGCUAUAAAAACCAAAAGCAUUAUUUGCACCAGGCUGUAAACAUGUUUAUUUCUGCUGUAAAGUUGGGCAUUUUGACAUGGGGGUGUGUUGAUUGACUUGCUUUUGGAACCUGCCUCAAGUGGCAGUUUUUGUGACUUCUGCAUUGGCUAAAUUAUUUAGCUACCAGUGCAAAACACAACUGUAAAUUUGAAUAUUUAGGCUUUUUUAUGUUUUUGCUGGAAAAGUCAAACCCUCAAGCAACCACCAAGACAGUACCAAUAAAAACUGAAACAAGAGACAACAACAGAAGAAAAUGAUGAUGAAACUUUCCAACCCAUUUUCUAAUUUAUUUGUUUUAAAGUGUGGUUUGGUGUGAAUUGAAAUUUGGUAAUUGAUAGGACCACCAAUGAGUUAUCAGAUUUUGUUCAGUCUAUUCUUACUUCUGCUGUGUUAUAUGUCUGCGCAAAAUAUCGAAGUACAAUAUGAUUAUUUUAGGCUGCUUGAUAUUCAUCAUAAUGUUUAUUGUGUCUGUUUGUUUCAUUUCCACAUCAUAAACCUCUAUGAGCAUCACUACCAGUAAUUUGUUGACUUCUGCAGUUAUGGUACUUUAUUCUCUUCUAUAGCAACCUGAAAAGAACAGAUUUUGUCUGCUCCCAAAUGAGUGCCUUCUUCUUUAUAGGGCACAGACAGUCUUCUGCCAUAUGCAGAUCAGUCUGAGGAAUCAUGUUGUUGUCCAUGUGUUGAUAUUUAAAUCAGUUUAACCAGUUACCACUGAAUUACAUGUGGAAUAUUUAUAUCACUAAACGACCAAAUGAUUCUCA